AUGGAGAACAAGGCCAUGUACCUGCACACCUUGGGCGAGAGAGAGAACGGGUCCAUCCUCGAGGAGCUGCCUGAGGGAAAGAACGCGUCCAAACUGAACCUCUGCGAUGACGGUGAGUGCAGCAGGAAGCGGUCUCCCGGCCCCUGCAGCCACCCCGGAUCCUUGGCCGCCCUUAAAUACGCCGUGGUUGGGCUCUACCUCCUCGUGUUCCUGAUCCUCGUGGGAGUUUUCAUCCUCGCAGUGUCCCGGCCGCGGAGCCCUCCGGAGGACCUGAAGGAGCUGCUGGGCGCCGUGAACCGGCUGAACGAGAGCCUGCGGGAGCUGCAGCCGGGCGCGCCGCCGGCCGCCCGCGGAGACUUCCUGGAGCACCUGUGGCGCCUGCAGGAGCUGCUGCAGAACCACUCGGAGGCGCUGGCGGCGGCGGGCGGCUCGCUGCGCGCCCUGGACGCGGCGCUGGGCGGCCUGCGCGCCCAGGCGGCCCGCGCCGAGCGCGCCGUGGCCGGGCUGCGCGACGGGCUGCGCCAGCAGGGCGCGCAGCUGCAGGCCGAGCUGGGCCGGCUGGCGGUGGAGGGCAACAGCAGCCGCCUGCGCCUGGAGCACCACGAGGCGCGGCUGCGCGCGCUGGCGGCGCAGGUGGAGCGCGUGGGCGACCAGCUGGACGAGGUGGGCGGCGAGGUGGGCAGCCUCAACCGCAGCCUCUCCUACGACGUGGGCAUCCACCACUCGCGCAUCCAGGACCUGCAGGUGCGCAUCAGCAACGCCUCCGAGGACGCGCGCCAGAUGCGCCUCGUCCACAUCGCCAUGGAGCGGCAGCUCAAGCACGAGCUGGCCCUCCUGGGCAACGUGACCGAGGACCUCCGGCUGAAGGACUGGGAGCACUCCGUCGCCCUGCGCGGCAUCUCCGUCAAGCGAGGGCCCCCAGGACCAAAAGGGGAUCCAGGCGUCGAAGGGAUGGAAGGCGAGCCCGGCCCCCCCGGCUUACCUGGACUGCAAGGGUUCCGUGGGGAAAAGGGACCCAUGGGCCUGCGGGGAGCCAAGGGGGAGCAAGGCGACGUGGGCCCGCGAGGCUUGCCCGGACCCCGCGGACUCCCAGGCGCAAAGGGCGAGAAAGGCGAGAAAGGCGACCGAGGCCAAGGAGACACAGCGCCCGUCCAGGAGGGGAUGCCUGUCCGGCUGGUGAACGGCUCCGGCCCGCACGAAGGGCGUGUGGAGGUCUUCCACAACCAGGCCUGGGGGACGGUGUGUGACGACGGCUGGGACAAGAAGGACGGCGACGUGCUGUGCCGCAUGCUGGGCUUCCCCGGCGCCGAGGAGGUCUAUCGGAUGGCGGCCUUCGGGCAAGGGAAGGGACACAUCUGGAUGGACGACGUGGCCUGCAAGGGGACGGAGGACAGCCUGCUCCAGUGCAGCUUCCCCAGCUGGGGCAAGACAAACUGUGGGCACGCCGAGGACGCGGGCGUCAAGUGCUCGACGCUGUAA